GGUGGUGAGUUUUUUAUACAAUAAGGUUACCACGUUUUCGUUUAGACUCUUCGCUUAAUUAAGAUACUCAUCUUGAUGUCUAAGUGAUACUAAAAAAGUUACGGCUCGCUUUGAGACUGUGAAACGAAAUAACUUGUUAAGGGUUCAAAUCUCCUUUCACUCGGAACCUCUUGGUUUUUUGUUUUUUCCUCUCCUCUUUGUUACAGAAUAUAUUUUGUAAAAAUGAAUCAAGCAACUGAAAAAGCAAGUCAAAAAAUCAGCGCUUCUGUGACUGGACGCUUCUUCCAAUGGGUGAAAAGCCCCAAUUUUCGUCGGUAUUUGAUGAGUACUCAUUUUUGGGGACCUUUGUCGAACUUUGGAAUUCCUAUCGCUGCUUUGUAUGACUUGAAGAAGGACCCUCAUCUUAUUUCGGGCCGUAUGACCAGUGCCUUGAUUGUAUACUCUUGUGUCUUCAUGAGAUACGCUUGGAUGGUUUACCCUAGAAACUAUCUUCUUUUGUGUUGUCAUGCUUUCAACACUGCUGCUCAAAGUGCUCAGGGUGCUCGUUUUAUCAACUUCUGGUACGGACCUAAGUCUAAAGAACAUUUAGAAAAUGAGAGCAAACUUUCCCCCAAGCACGCUUAAAUUGUUGUGUUGAAUUACAACGGGAAAUAUCUAUCAUUUUUGGUUUUUGGGACGCUCCAUAACCAUUCAAUUGCGGUUCUAUUUCUGGAUGAGUAAGGAAUAUCAUUUACGUUAAAGAGCCAAAGUUGAAAAACAUGCAUAAUAUGAUCAUUAUUUUUUUUGCUGCUUUAUAACUAAGUGAAGGAAGGGUCGGUUACACAAAUUUUAGGAAGCUCUGCUUUACUGUAACAGCGGUUGUUCAAAGAGAAUCGUCGUGGGUACUUUCAGUGUCUUAUUAGUGUGGCUACUUCCUCUCGUAUAGUACUAAGAAAUGUGCGGGAAAUAGAUCAUUAAUAACUUGCUAAGAACUAAAAGGAAUUCUGUGAUUUCAUUUUGCCUUGUGUAUGAGGGUCUUUUGACAUAUCUGUAUAUAUUAAGGAGAGUCGGUGUUUUGUUUUUUAUCGAAAGUGUGCACCGAAAUUAAAAACCAUGUUUACGUUAUUUAAUAUCGCAAAUUCUCACUUUAAGUACAUGCAACUUCUUAUUGUUAAGCUUUACGUUAGGAGUCUUGGAAAUUCUCGGAGAAUAUAUUGUCUUGUCGAAAAUGCUCACAACUGUCAUGAGUCAUCGUAACCAAGCAGCCGAACUAACAGCUAGUUCUCGGUUGAUCAAACAAAAGAGAAACAUUGAUCGCAUUGUUUCUCUUUAAGCAGUUCAUGAAGCCUGAAACUUCCGCAUUUCGAAAGUAUAUGAUUGCUACCAAUCAAAUGCAUUAAGAGAGAUACUAUCUUUUGCACAACUACUAUAAAUACUUGUAAGUUCAAUCGCUAAAAGUCCGUUGAACAUUAUAAGCUCGUUCAACAGUUAACUUACUAAGUUUCCUAUUCUCGCAUUUCGCUGUUAAAGGUUCAGUUAAGCGAACCUGGUUAUCGAAUCGUUACAAAUACACUUCCAAUUUUGGAUUUUGUUUCUGUAAAAUUAGUAACCAAAGAUAUUAUCAAUUGAAUAGUUAUUAUGAAUAUUCAAGAUUUCAAUGGCUAUAAUCCGUUGAACUACCUGUUUCUCUUAACAGUGACUUUCAGAACUCACUGCGCAUAACAUAAUAUUCAAGUUUUAUUAACCGAAGCUGAUUUGGAAUGGUUUAAAGAAAGAAGUUACUCAUUGUUUGAAGCUUACGAACAAGAAUUCUCAAUCGAACUAAACAUAUUUGGCUUCGGACCGUGACAAUUAAUAAGAGUCACUAUGUCCGAGCGGUUAAGGAGUUAGACUUGAACUUGUUCAGGCAUCUAAUGGGCUAUGCCCGCGCAGGUUCAAGUCCUGCUGGUGACGAAGCUCUUUUGUUGCGCAGCUUUUUCGUCUUUUUUGAAAGCGAAACACAGCAGCGUUUAUUUUGUCUAGUUUUAGUGAAAUGAUCUGAACCCUCGCUUGAGACACAAUUGGGAAAGUUGGUGAAUUGUAGCAGCAGAAAAUAAUAUUGUA